CAAUGGCUGCCAGAAAGCUGCAAAGCGAAAUUGACCGGACUUUGAAGAAAGUCGCGGAAGGCGUCGAGCUUUUUGAGAGCAUCUAUGAAAAGAUGCAGGCGUCUACGAACCAGACGCAGAAGGAGAAGCAGGAAAUGGACUUGAAGACCCAGAUUAAGAAGUUGCAAAGGCAAAGAGACCAGAUCAAGACAUGGGUGGCCAGUAACGAUAUCAAGGACAAGACGAUCCUCCUCGAGAAUCGAAGGCUCAUUGAGACGCAAAUGGAGAAGUUCAAGGCAUGCGAGAAGGAGAUGAAGACCAAGGCAUUCUCCAAGGAGGGAUUGAUCCAGGCAGCGAAACUCGACCCGAAAGAGCAGGAGAAAGAAGAUGCAAUGCAGUGGCUACAACAGCAAGUGGAAGAAUUGCAGAUGCAGGUCGAGUCGACGGAGGCAGAGGUGGAAAGCUUGCAGAGUACCGGAAAGAAGAAGAACAAAGCUGGCGCAAAUGCCUUAGGUCGUUUAGAGGAACUCGAACAUCUCAAUGAGCGGAGAAAGUGGCACAUAAGCCGGCUGGAACUCGUCUUGCGUCUUUUGAACAACGGUUCCCUAACUGCCGAGAAGGUGAACAGUCUCAAAGAGGAUGUUCAAUACUUUGUGAGCAAUAACAGCGACGAUGAUUUUGAGGAGGAUGACGGUAUCUACGAGGAACUCAAUCUCGACGAGGCAGAAGGAGAGUUCGGAUUGGUUGCUGAUGAUGGCGACAGUUCUGAAUCGGAGGAUGCAAGCGAACCCGAUGUCCCGCCGCCAAAGAGCAGUAAGAAGCAACAACAACAACAUGACGACGACAAUACAUCGCACAGCAAGCAGCAUGACAGCCCUAUCCUCAAGAAGGCGGGCGUAUCAUUAGCAAUGAGGACCAAACCCCCGCCAAACAUCAACCUCUCGCAGCAACCAAUGUCGAGCGUACUCAAAUCUGGACUUUCGCAACCCGCACCCCGCCCUACGCCGCCGACAUUACCUCCUAUACGCUAUGCUGCUGCAGCAGCAGCCGCUGUAAAUUCCCAUCCGCCAAGUUCGGCAAGUGCACAUCCACCGUCAACUGCACCAGUGACUCCUGCAUUGGCACCAGCACACGCAUCCUCAGCUUCACCUGCAGUACCGCCCUCGGUUGCAGCAGUAUCUCAAGACCAGCAGUCAGCUUCGUCUCCUAGUCUCACCCAGCAGUCAGCGGCGAGUCCAGCAUUGUCGUCGGCGGUAUCUGCUUCCCAAGCUCCUGAAGGCUCGUCUCGCUCUGGCCAACCGUCCCCUGCUCUAUCUAAAGCUAUCCCGACUUCAGAAUCGGUAUCUGUCGCUUCUCCUCAAGUACCCAAGCAAGCUCCAGCAUCACAACCCCAAGCGACGAGUAACGAAGCAACGCAACCCCCAGCCGCCAGCGCUGCUCCUGCCACGCCGGCGCAACAACCUCCAACGACGGGACCAUCGCCUUUGCCUCAACAGCUUGGCACCCCCGUCCUCUCUCCAGGAGUCAAGGUUGCAGAGCAACAGCAGGUGCUACAACAGCAGCAGCAACCUCCGGCCCAGUCCUUCCCUUCGCAGCCCAUCGGUGGCCAACGACCACCCUCGGCUGCUCAAGUUGCUCCUACGUCAGCAAGACCUGCCUCAGCGUUCCCCGGUUCUCUGUCAGACCUCGUCGUUUCCUUUGAAAGUGUCAAGCAGAAGGCUCACCUCCGUGAUCCUAUAGCAGCGCUCCGUAUGAACAAUAUGGAGCAAGUUCACAAGAUGCUUGAAGGUGGACUUAUCAAUGUCCCUCAACCACAGGAUACCGACAAACCCAAGUACUACACGCCAAGGAAUCCUUUCCCGACGCCUUCGUACUAUCCUCAAACACCUCACGCCGCCCUCGGUACCCCCGCCAUCUUCUCUCAACUGGAUGUUGAGACCCUCUUCUACAUCUUCUACUACCUACCUGGUACCUAUCAACAAUACCUUGCUGCCAAGGAGUUGAAGCGACAAUCCUGGCGAUUCCACGUCAAGUAUCUCACUUGGUUCCAGCGACAUUCUGAGCCUCAAGCCAUCACCGAAGAGUAUGAGCAAGGGGUAUACGUCUAUUUCGACUGGGAAGGUUCAUGGUGCCAACGGAAGAAGAGCGACUUCCGAUUCGAAUACCGUUACCUCUCCGAAGACUGAUUUCUUAUUGACUUUGUUCUUCAUCUGUCCAUUGACCCACUCAUCCUUUUUGUAAUUACUCAUAUUCACGUCUGAGCGACAUCAAUGCAUUACGAGUUA